CUCAGACCUUUUUCUUUUUCUUUUUUGGUUUUGGCUGUUGUCUUUUUCUACCGUUCAAUUUUGCCAGGAAAGUGUCUAUAUGAGACUGAGACCAAGCAUAUUUACGUAUUUCAUAUUAAGUAUUGUUUUCCUGUCUGUCUCCCUUAAAAACAUCUUAAAUUUUUUUUCUUUUACUGUAUUCCUUUACCUUUAGUUUCAUUCUCUGAAACCCUUUCCUAGAGAACAUAUAAACAGCUUGAGUUUUAAUCGAACAAGAGAAAAAAAAAAAAAAAAGCUGCAAAAAUGUUUCUACGAAGCUCAUCAACUCCAAUCCUGAAAACGACCAUUAAUCAGAGCUCGGCUGGGGCUGACGCCGCUCAUAGGAUUCCAUCAAAACCGAUUUCCUUGACAGCCUCACCGAUCAACAAAAUCCAAAGAACAUGGUCAGAUGGCAACAUGAGGGACACUGUUAUUCCCAAAAAACAAAAGCUACCUGUCAGUCUGAUGGCUUCUCCAUAUUCGGUUAAAGAAGAAGAAACUGAUACCAGAUUAACAAGCCUUUCUCUUGCUGGUGGCGGUUACAAUAGUGGCGGUGUUGGUGGCAGGGGUGGAGCAGAAAGUUUUGGAGAUUGGGGUGAAGGGAAACAAAAAAUGGAUGAGUAUUACCAGAAUAUGAUCAAAACUUACCCUGGAGAGUCUCUUCUUCUUGCAAACUACGCUAAAUUCUUGAAAGAGAUACGGGGUGAUCUUCUGAAAGCUGAGGAGUAUUGCGAGAGAGCUGCUUUGAUGAAACCAGAUGAUGGGGAAAUUUUAUCAAUGUAUGGAGAUUUGAUAUGGAAUAACCAUAGAGAUGGAGCUCGUGCUCAAUCUUAUUUUGAUCGAGCUGUUCUGGCUUCUCCUGGUGAUUGCCAUGUCCUUGCAUCCUAUGCUCGAUAUCUGUGGACUGCUGAAAAUGAUCAAGAGGAAGAACAAGAAGAGAAGAGGAAAGAUGAGAAGAAGAAUGAACAUCAAAUCAAUGGUACUAAAACAUACGCACCACAACGACAUGGCCGAAUUUCCCAGGGACGCCCUCAUUUAGCUGCUGCUUAUUAACCUUGCUGAAUUGUGGCUUUUUUUCACGUCUUCGUAUUCACCCAUUAUGAAAAAACUAGUGCGUUUUGUACAUAUGCUAUUUGUUCAAAGAAAUUUCAGAAGUGAAAUAUUCUUUGAACUAAUUUUUCCUUUUUUAAUAUGUGCGGAGAACCUGGCGUCCAUCACAAUCAACAGCGGUUGAUCCAGGGAUUCUCAAUACCAGGAACUGAACCUAAGAAGUGUGCUCAAACCACACUGAACCAUGUCCUGAAAGGCACUUUGACUGAAUUUUGUACUCUGUACAGCAUUGAAAUUCUUUCUUAUUAUAUAUAAUAAACUAUGACGCAAUACUCUAACCCCCGUUGAUAUACCGACAGUGUAUGAGAAAUGAGAGAAUUAAUUAUACAUAUACCUCUUUCAAUGUCAAGUGUAUGUACAAUUCUUUUCGCUAAAAUGUGUGCCCAAGAAUAAGCUAUGACGAGCUCAGAAUGAUCAUAUG